AUGUCGACAAUCGCUGCCUCAACUGCUGCGGUGGCGGGGUUAUUGUACUAUGUAAAUCACUCUCUCGGGAUCACUAAAGAUAUCUCCCAGUAUCGACUCGAUGCCGAUUUCGGAGCCAGAUAUCCCCAAUUCCUCGCAAAGCUGGGUCCUCAGUCUCCUCAUCUGUACCGAAUGCUAGAACUGGCGGAUCCAAAUGCGGAUGCUAUUUGGUUCGAAGGACGAACGUGGAACUAUCGCGCCAUGAAACAACAAGUCGAUGAACUGGCACUUGGAUUUCACGAACUUGGUGUCAAAAAUGGCGAUAUUGUUGCUGUUUUCAUGUCAAACUCCCCUGAGAUGGCUUUUACUGUCUUUGCGCUCACCAAACUGGGCGCUGCUCCUGCAUUGAUCAAUAGUGCUCUGCGUGACGACACGCUACUCCACUGCGUUCAACUGCCAUCAGCAAACCUGAUCGUUGCCACUCCAGAUAUUGUCUCACAUGCUGCUUCUGCUGCAAAUGCUCUAAAUGGUACCAUCAAGACGGUUCGAUUGAAUCUCGGCUCGUUCCGUCCAACGCCUCUCCCUAGCGAUGACGUCUUAGAGUUUCCAUUUCUAGAUCCUGCUGGUAUCGCAUCACUUCCACCUACACCACCAAAGUCAGUCGCUUCGGUAGGAGUCUUGAUAUACACUUCGGGUACGACAGGCAAACCCAAGGCUUGCAGCAUUAAAAAUGCACUGCUCACGGUUGUUGCAUGCACUACGUCCGUCGAUCAUAAAAGCCCUAAGAAAUACCUUCAAAGGCUUCGAAUCUAUUCUUGCAUGCCACUGUUUCAUGGUACAACUUUCUUCACAGGGUUGUGUUACUCGGUCGGACAGAGCACUUGCUUCGCAAUUGGACGGAAAUUCUCGGCGAGAGGUUUUUGGAAGGACGCGUAUGAAUCAAGGGCUACACGCAUCCUUUACGUGGGAGAGUUGAUGCGAUUCUUGCUAGCAACCGCUCCAGGUGUCUAUGAUCGAAAGCACAAUGUCCUGGUCGCAGCAGGAAACGGCUUGCAGAAAGAUGUCUGGGUGGACUUCCAGAAACGAUUCAAUGUGCCCGAAGUCAGAGAGUUCUACCGCUCGACGGAAGGGUUGGUCAAGUUUGACAACAUUCACCAUAAGGGCCGGCCAGGAGCCGGAAAAGUGGGAUACCUAGGCACACUGAGGAAGAAGGUGUUGGAAAAGGACCAAUGGAUCAUCAAAUUUGAUUAUGAUACCGAACAGCCAAUUCGAGAUCCGAAGACGGGUUGGUGUCAGAUCGCGGAUAGGGCUGAGCCGGGGGAGGCUAUCGCCAGAAUCAAAAACAUGGAUACUUACAUCAACUACCACGCAAACAAAGAAGCCACGGAGCAGAAAUUGUUGAGAGAUGUCUUUGAGAAAGGCGACCUUUGGCAACGCAGUGGAGAUCUACUUGUUCAAGAAAGGGACAACUGGGUCAAAUUCGUCGACCGGAUAGGUGACACAUACAGAUGGAUGGGCGAAAAUGUGUCAGCAGGUGAAGUGAGAGGAUACAUCUCAGAGCUGCCAGGCGUGAAAGAUGCCGUUGUUGUUGGCCGGCGACUGAACAAAUAUGAUGGCCAAGCAGGUACAGCGUUGAUCGUUCUAGACACCGAAUCGGAAAAGCAAGGCGCUGGUCAGGGUGAAAAGGUCUUCAUGACGCGGCUGUUCAAGGAGCUGAGAUCCAAGGGUGUCCCUCGCUAUGCAGUGCCUAGACUUGUGCUAGUGCGAGGUGAUCUUGUUGAUGUUGGUGAUACAUUCAAGCACGCAAAGGCUGUGGUCAAGAAUAUUCAGUGGGGAGUCCUGGACGCUUCGGGGGCAACAAGACAAUAUUAUCUCGACCUAGAGAGUGAGACAUUCAAGCCCAUGGAUUCAGACAGUUGGGCGAGAAUCGACAGCGGAAAGGCGAAGUUGUAA